AUGCAGAUAGUGACAAGUGUGAAACCAUAUGAAUGAAUGAAUCUUGAAGAAUUAAAGGAAGCUGAAGCUGGCUUUAAUGAGACUGAUAGCAAAGCUAUUAAUAUGUACAGAAGCUGUCUGAAGAUGGCUCUGGACAGCCUGCCCAAGGAAUGGAAAUGUCUUCAGAGGAGGCAAAAGUAUGUGAAGCUAAGAGAAAGUUGUGGAAAGCACUAUGCAAAAGAAGCAAGAAAUGCUCCAGAGGAUGUUUAGGUUAUAAUUAAUCUUUAUUGUAUCCCAGUGUGUUUACUGGUUAAUGAUCACCUCAACUUGCUGGCCUGAAAGUUUCCAGAAGGCAAGUUUCUCAAAGCCAUUGUAAACUCCUGCAUUCAGAAUUCCAAGGACAGGUGUUUACCCACAAUACUUGUAUAUAAACUGGUGAAUACAAGCAGGUUCAUUGGGAUAGCUAAAUGUGUGGGAAGAUAUCUGAAAGCACUAAGAAUGUUUCUAAAUAAUUCACGUUAUGAAAAAUUCUAUGUUGUUUGUAAUCAUUAGAUCUCAAGACCACUUCUUAAAGGUUGGAAAGCUAUUUGAUUCUUUUUGAAGGGAAAAAAGAUCUGAAAAAAAGGCCAAGAAUUUGUAUAGAUUUUGUGUAAUUCUGUGGUGAGGAUAUUGCCUAAACCUGGGUAUUUUGCAAUUCCAUGGUAAGAUAUUUUAUUGAGAUAAAAACAUGUAUUGCUUGAAAAAAAAUUAACUAAGAUCACGUGUUCUGACAUAAGUUAGUUCAAAUACGGUUUUUUACUCCUUUGCUAAGCCUACUGGUGGACACCUACUGGCAGAUACCACUGCUGGAAGCUUUUCUUUUCCAGAUUCAGAGAUAACUAGUAGCUGCAUUUCAGAGACAAUGCCUUAUCUGCCACUUCAAACUAGAACGCUAGCUGGUAGUUUUAAAUGUAAAUAGGUCAUCAGGGACUUUAGACACGAUUGCAGAGUCCCUUCAAGUAUCAAAGCCGGCUGCUGUAAAAGCAGCAUUGCCUCCUCUCAGCAGCGAGCCUGAGCCUCCCUCCCACGCCCGCGGCUGCUGCCAGGGACACACGCGCAGGGUGUGACAGUGGGAGCGACAGGGAAAGAGCCAAACCUCCCCUCUGGUACCCCUGUCUUUGUCCAAGCAAAGUGACCACACGGUUCUAAUUAAAUUCAUCAGAUGUGACAAAGCAGCAACAAAAUCCGAGCAAAUCUGCAGGUUAAAACCAGGUGUUUCUGGUGUGGAGUCAGUUAUGCUGUGUGGAAGAAAAGGCUCCAGGAAUACUAGCCAACCUUGCUCUGCAAGGAUUAUGUGGAUUGUGACAGGCUUUCAAGUCCACAUCCACUCAUUUUAGUAUUCUGGAGUGAUGUGAAAUUUAGUUUCAAUGCCAGUUUCCUCAACCAGACCUUCUUUUGAACAGGCCAGCGUGGAUCAAAAAGGAACACACUAAGCAUGUGGUUGUUCUGUGGCUCUGAAACAGAUUGUGCAGGAUGGCAAUGGCAUUUCUCUAGGAAACAUGGCUAUAGCUAAUGGAAGUGCAUUGGAAAUUUAUGCAUUUCCAGCUCAAUGCAGUCCCACCAUUCACCAAUUCACAAGAAAUCUGCUGCUCCCAAUCUGGCAUUGUUUAAAAGCUGUGCAGGCGAGUGAAUCAGAACUAUCAUUGCACAGCAAAGUCACUCUGAUGUCAAGAACAGAGCAAUAGUAUUUCUAGGAGAAGAAUAGUCUCAUAAAACCAUCAUCUCUAAGCUGGCCUGUUCCUUCAGGAUCCUAUAAAAUAGUGCCAAAAGAGAAGUAGCAUUAAAAAAAUGACCUCACUUAGGCCACAGCUUUGGCAGAAAAUCCCAAUGUCUAUCAUCUGCACAGCUGUGUUGCCUGUUCUGAUGUUGUCAAAGAAUAAUUUGCCAAUGCAACAUUGCAGUAAGUAGGUGUUAUGCCCCUAUUCAUGCAAGGUGUGAGAUAGUGCAGCAUCCCUACUUUUUCUGAAGAAUUUUCACUGGUUACUAAAAAUCUUCUGGCAAAUUUGAUAGAAGUUAUUUGUAGCCUCCUGGUUUCUUUGCCAUAUUUGCAUUCUGAUAACUAGGUUUUUUUUGGAAAA